UUAAAUCUUGAAAGACUGGCUGAAAUCUAUUGUCGUGUGGGUGCGUGAGUAUUUAAAUUUCAAACCCGGAUACGACAAAGAUGUGUCAUUAUUAUCUUUUUUGUAUGUAAUUGUUUACUAUGAUAUGUUUCUAAUUCUGAAUAUGAUUUCGGGUUCAUUAGUUAUAUCAGAAUGGAUGGAAGUAGUGUCAAUUGUGACCAGGCAAUUGCGGAGUUAUUUGAGAUGGGAUUUAGGUUUUCGCGGAUCAUAGAAGCUAUAAAUGCAGUAGGUCCUUCUGUAGAUGAUGCAGUUGAGUAUAUUUUUAAUGAUUCUCGGAAUGAUGAGAUGGCUGAAUCUCAUAGUUCGGAUGAUUUACCUGAAAAAGGGAAUGGAAAGAGGGGUUUGUCUUCCUCGAAUCCUUCUCGUCCAAUGAAACAGUUGAAGUUAGUUGAUCUGAGUAAGACCAAAUCUGAUGUGAAGGCUAAUUCUGAGGAGGAGGAUAUUGGACAAGAUUGGGAAUUAAGAGUAAAAAAUCUGAUGCAGAAGCAUUUUGGGUUUUCGGCCUUGAAGAGUUUUCAGAAGGAAGUAUUAGCCGCUUUUAUAGCUCACCAAGAUUGCCUUGUUCUAGCUGCAACCGGAUCUGGAAAAUCAUUGUGUUUCCAGAUCCCGGCAUUGCUUACGGGUAAAGUUGUGGUUGUGAUUUCCCCCUUAAUUAGUUUGAUGCAUGAUCAGUGUAUGAAGCUUGCAAAGCACGGGGUUUCAUCUUGCUAUCUGGGCUCAGGACAGAAAGAUCCCACUGUUGAGGGAAAAGCAAUGAGUGGCAUGUAUGGAAUCAUUUAUAUCUGCCCUGAGACACUUGUGAGACUUAUAAAGCCACUCCAGGGGCUGGCAACUAAACGUGGAAUUGCAUUGUUUGCAAUUGAUGAAGUUCAUUGUAUUUCCAAGUGGGGUCAUGAUUUUCGCCCCGAAUACAGCCGAUUGUCUAUAUUGAGAGAAAACUUCAGAACCAAAAAAUUGAAGUGCUUGAAAUAUGACAUACCGUUGAUGGCACUGACGGCUACAGCCACAAUUCAAGUUCGGGAAGAUAUCCGCAAGUCCCUACACAUGUCAGGGGAAACAAGGACUGUCCUCACCUCAUUUUUUCGGCCAAAUCUCCGGUUCUCGGUUAAGAACAGUAAGACAAGGAAUCUAAGUUCCUAUAACAAAGAUUUUCGUGAAUUGAUUAAUGUAUACACCAGAAAGAAUACGUCUGAUGUUAGACAAGAUUUGAUCCCACCAGAGUUGAUGUAUCCUUCGGAUAAUUUUUAUAGCUCUUCAGAUGACAGCAGUCCUGAGUUAGUUGAUGUUUCGGAUGAUAUUGAGGAUGAUCCCUUGUGUGGAAGUAGUAAUCGAGUGAGCUUUCAGACUGCAAAAUCUGUUUUAAAGGAGAGAAAAUUGUCUGUUGAAUUUCUUGAAGACGAAUGUGAUUUACUCAAGGAUGUAGAUGAUUUGGAUGUCUCAUGCGCUGAAUUUUCUGGACAAUUGCCUGUGAAGGCAAACGAUGAUUUUGAUUUUUCUGUCCAACCUUAUCCACCUGAAAGACCAAAUAAAACUACAGAACUUUUUGAUGAGCCACUAGGACCUGGGCCAACAAUAAUUUAUGUUCCCACUAGAAACGAGACAAUAGCGAUAUCAGACUUCUUGCGUAACUCUGGUGUCAGAGCUGCUGCUUAUAAUGCAAAGUUACGAAAAUCAUAUCUGAGACAAGUACACAAGGAAUUUCACGAGAACACAUUGGAGGUGGUGGUUGCAACUAUUGCUUUUGGCAUGGGCAUUGACAAGUCAAACGUCAGAAGGAUUAUUCAUUACGGCUGGCCACAAAGUUUGGAAGCAUAUCAUCAAGAAGCGGGUCGAGCUGGACGUGACGGAAAGUUGGCAGAUUGUGUUCUAUAUGCAGACUUUUCACGGGUACCUACACUUCUGCCAAGUCAAAGAAGUGAAGAACAUACAAAGCAAGCAACUAGAAUGUUAUCAGAUUGCUUCAGAUAUGGAAUGAAUGCUUCUCGUUGUCGAGCUAAAACACUUGUGCAAUACUUCGGGGAAAAAUUCAGCUAUGAAAAUUGUCAUAUGUGUGAUGUUUGCAUCAAUGGGCCUCCUGAACUGCAGGAUGUGAAGGAUGAGGUGAAGAAUUUUAUGGAGGCUAUGGCUGUUGAAUAUGAGAUGAAUGAUUAUUGGGUCAGAAGAGAAUCAAGAUAUUUAAAGAAGCCGUCCCUCAAGCUACUUGUUUUUAGAAUUCGUCGAAAGGUUCAAAAUAAUGCUGCUACUGAUUUGUUAUGGUGGCAAGGUCUUGCCCGGCUAUUAGAAGACAAAGGAUUAAUCAGAGAAGGCGCUGAAAUGCCACAUGUUCAGAUCAGCUGCCCGGAACCAACACGCUUGGGAUUGGAAUUCUUGCAAUCUAAAGGCGAGGAACCAUUUUAUGUUUACCCAGAAGCAGACAUGUUGCUUUCCAUGGAGAGGAGUAAAUUAUAUUCAAGUUUUUCAGGACGGGGAGAAGGCUGGGCUGAUUCAAGUUCUGCAGGAUGGGGAGAAGAGUGGGGUGAUUCUAGUUUCCGCAGUGAACCCUUUAAAGAAAUGUUGUCCAGAAGAUAUCCAUGGGUAAAUCCAUUUGUGAAUCCAUUUAAAAGUCCAAGGACAUAUCCAGGGAGAAGUAUAUCAAUAAGAGCUAAGCCAGAGCCGCAGACUGUUCGAGAAAGGUUAAAUUCGAAGCUCUCAAAAAAGAAGUGAGCGGACUUCACUAUAACAUUUCUUUGUCCAGUCAAGUAUAUAUCUUGAAUAAUUCCAUCUUCCUUGAUCAGAUCUGCACACGAGUCAUAGGUUUAUAACUUAUAUAUAGAUAGACAUAUAUAUAUAUAUAUAGAUAGAUGUGAAUAUGGCAAAAUGAAAAAGCGAGAAAUGGAAUCAUUGCACAGAAAUCUAGUAGAAAAACUUUAAAUUAGAACUCUCUUAAUCUUCCAUCAUUUGCUGUAUUUUGAGGAUCAAAAGAAUUUUAAUGGCAUAUAAUCUAUAUGAAAUUUUGUGGUUAAUGGAU